CUGGAACUCUGGAAGUUGAUCAUGACGAUACCCUCUACUUGAAGCUCAAGAAACCCAACUUACAUUUGGUCCGCUUGUAGAAAGACAUCUCCUUCAUAAUCUCUAUAUCCUUCAUCCUAAAGCCAUCAUGGCGGAAUUAAGCUUCUGCAAACAAUUCCUCACCACCCUCGACUCCCGCCCAGCCAAACUGUCCAGCGACUACAUCGCCGAUCCAAAGAAGCACCCGGCACAACCAGCCUAUAUCCUCCCGAAACUCCCCAACCCAAAACGAAAACGAGGAGCGGCCGCCCCAGCCGGCGAUGGUGCCUCGUCAGCGCCAACCUCCAACACCAUCUCCGUGACAUUGACACCGCACCGCACGCCUCCCGCCCCGUUAACGAUCUCCGUCGAGCCGACGGCAAGCGUCCAUGAUCUCAAGGUCGCGUUCGCCAAGCAUGUCGGGCUCGGUGAAGCGGGCGUGUCGAAGGUCAAAGUGCUGAAGGACAAGCGGCCGGUGGGCGACGUGAAGAGCGUAGGGGAGUUGUCGAAAGAUGCAAAGACGCUUGCGCUGGGGAUUAUGGUGUUGGGUGGGAUUCCGGCGCAACCGGUGGCGGAGAAGACGGUCGCGGAGGGGAAGUUCGGCGCCGACGUGAUGAAGGACGAGGCGUUCUGGGAAGAUUUGAAGGGGUUCUUGUCCCAGAGAGUGAAGGAUCAGGCAACGUCAGAGAAAGCCGUCAAGAUAUGGAAGAAGGCAUGGGAGCAAGGGGCUAGGUAG